AUGUCUCAGCUGCACCCCCUGCUGGCCGUGGUGGAUCAGUACCGUGUGGACGUGCAAAGCCUGGGGGCCCUACGCUGGGAGCUGCAGAACCUUUCCCUGCUCCUCACCUCCAUCCAGGAGGAAGUGGGAGCUUACGACUAUGAGGAGCUCCAGCAGAGGGUACUGCUGCUGGAGAGCCGGCUGCAUGGCUGCAUGAACAAGCUGGGUCAGUCUUUGAGCUCACCACUGUUCUAUCUGGGUAGUGCUAGCUUUAGCCUGUCCUCUGAGCUCACUACUGCUCACUAUUCCUUGUUUGGUCAGUCAUACAGGUAG